AUGCAAACGGAAUAUGAAAUCAUAGGAAAAAAUGACGAAUUUGGAGAUGAUACUUGCAUAGAAGAUUCAUCACAUUUCGAUCAAGCAACUGAGUUUUUAACUCAAUUAACAAAAUUAUUGAAAGAUAAAGUAUCAGCAUUAGUAAAUGAUGCAAAUCAAAUCAAAACGAAUAACGAAGAUGAUACUGAACAAGAGAAAAUUUUAACAAAUUUGAUUGAAUUGAUAAAUCCAUAUCAAGAGCAACCAUUUCUUUUAGACCCACAUUUAGAGAAUAUUGUCAAACCUAUGAUUGAAAUACUUCGAACUUAUAUAAAUACUACUAAUAUACAAGGAUCUAAGUUUUCAAAGGAUGAUCAAAGUAAACCUGAUUUUAUUCAGGUACCUAGAAAAAUAAAAAGACUUUUUGUAUUAUUAUAUUACUUGAUGAAAAUUCGUGGAUAUAAAACUAUUGUAUCAGAUCUGGAACCAACUUUUUAUUUCAUGGCUGCCCAAGAUCCUAAAGAUUAUUCUGGUUGGGAAACAAGAUAUGUGUUGUUAAUAUGGUUAUCAUUAAUUUGUAUGAUUCCAUUCGAUCUAAAGACUGUUGACAGUCUAGCUGUUGCUGAAGAAAAUAAGUUUCCUCUUGUGAACCAUAUGAUUGAGUUGGCAAAGUUUUAUUUAAAGGCCACUGGUAAAGAGAAAGAUGGUGCGGCAGUGUUCUUACGAGAUAUCGCUGAAUUAUAUCUUGCAGAUUAUAUUAAAUGGGCACAAGAUGAACUUAGGAAUGAUAAAGAUGUAUUUGCGAUCAUUGGUGUUCUCACAUCUCUUUGUGCCAUUUAUAAACUUGGUCAAAGGCAAACAUUAUUACCAACAUUAGAAUCUGUAUGGUCUUGCCUUAAUUUACUUGAAGGAAAUAAAUUAUUUGCAAAUAAUACACUUUAUAGAAAAAUGUUUGUUAAAUUGGCUCAAAGAAUUGGUUUAUGUUAUCUAAAACCGAAAGUGGCUUCUUGGAGAUAUCAAAGGGGUAGCAGAUCACUUAAGGAUAAUUUAGAUGCACUAUCAAAAGCAACAACUAUUGAUCCUUCAAACGUGCACAAAUCUUUGGAAGAUGAAAAAGGUGAAGAUGAUGAAGUACCUCAACAGCUCGAAGAGAUCAUAGAAAUUUUAUUGAAUGGUUUGCGUAGUAAGGAAACAGUCGUGCGUUGGUCUGCUGCUAAAGGCAUAGGACGAAUUGCACAACGAUUACCACAGGAACUUGCUGAUGAUGUUAUUGGUUCUUUAUUUGUAUUAUUUUCCGAAAAUACGUAUAUAAAUAAUGGCGUAUUAGAGUUAUCUGCAGUAGCUGAUCAUGCUUGGCAUGGUGUAUGUUUAGCUAUAGCUGAAUUAGCAAGAAGAGGAUUGUUAUUACCACAAAGACUAUCUGAAGUAAUUCCUUGGGUUACCCAAGCAUUAAAAUUUGAUCAGAAACGUGGUUCACAUUCGAUUGGUGCUCAUGUACGAGAUGCCGCAUGUUAUGUUUGUUGGUCUUUUGCUCGUGCCUAUGCGCCUGAAAUUAUUGCUCCAUAUGUACCAGAGUUGGCAAAUAAUCUUGUAGUGGUAUCUGUAUUUGAUCGUGAAGUAAACGUUAGACGUGCUAGUAGUGCAGCUUUUCAAGAGAAUGUUGGUCGACAGGGUAUUUUCCCUCAUGGCAUAGAAAUUGUUACCACAGCUGAUUAUUUUACUGUUGGUAACAGGGUUAAUGCUUUUCUUUGUAUAAGUGUGAAAAUAGCAGAUAAACAAUCAAUAUUUAAUUGGGACAAAAGUGUGAGAGUAUUAGCAUCUAAGGCUUUACACAACCUUACACAUCUUGACCUCGAUUACUUCAUCAAUAAUGUUUUACCAUUCCUGGUCCCUCAAGCUUUAUCUCCUGAUGCAUCUACAAGGCAUGGUGCUUUAUUAGCAAUUGGCGAAAUAUGUUUAGCAUGGUCAAAUUUACAAAAAGAUGAUAAAAGCUGGAUGGAGCGUCAUAAAGAUUUAAUUAUGAAAGUAUUCAGUGAUUUUGGUUCAGAAGUUACAGUUCAAGCGGUAGUAAGUCAUAUUGCUAGCUUAGCUAAGGCUGGAUGGCCUGUAACUGAUGAAGUUUUGAAAAAAUGGAAAAGUGUGGUCUAUGAUCUUCUCAGCAAAAAAGAUGAAAUUGGUCAAGAAAUUGCUAAACUUGCUGUUGAAGCUCUUAUUCCAGAAUGUUUGGAUCGUGCUAUUGGUUCUUUAAUUUUAUCUGCAAAGAUACAGGAAACUAAAAUAUGGAAUGAUCCAGAAACUCGAAGAAAUGCUAUUAUUUCAUUAGCAAUGAUAUUGAUUUCUAAACCCAUUUUUGAUAAAAUUAUCAACGCUUAUUUCACGGGCCUCGAAGAUUACAGCACAGAUCAGAGAGGAGAUGUUGGAUCCUGGGUUCGUGAAGCUUGUAUGAAUGGAUUUUCUGUAAUUUGUCCACUUAUUGCACGAUUGGACUUAAAUGACCCCGGUUGUGAACCAUGGUUGCCUGACGAAUUGAGCGUAAAGAUCUUUUCUAAUUUAUUAAAACAAAGUGUUGAAAGAAUUGAUAAUAUUAGAUCUUGUGCCGGUCGAGUAUUGUUGGAAUUUCUAUACAUGAAGGUCUCUUCGGGAAGUGAAGAAACCUAUUUAUUUAAUUUGCCGGCUCGAGAUAUUUUACAAACCAUCUUGCCAAAAGAUGAAGAGAUUUAUUGGGCUUCUCCACCAGAGCUGUAUCCCAGAAUGGUCAAAUUACUCGCAUUAAAAGAAUAUAGGUUUAAUUUACUUGUUGGUUUAGUAAUUGCAGCUGGUGGUAUUAAUGAAUCUUUGGUUCGUUAUUCAAGUAGUACAUUACUUGAUUUUGCAAACGAGCUCCCUGUUACAUCGACAUCAUUGCCACCUGAAGGGUCUUCAUUAUCAUUAUCAAAUUUUGCAAAUGAAUUAUUAAACAUAUUUCGUCACAAUGAAAAACAGGAUCGUAUAAGCAUUCCUUUAUUGGAAGUUUUGGAUUUAUUACUUGAAUCUGGAACUUUACAAAAAAUUGAUCCAAACUCUUUCAGCUUUAUGGACUUAUUUGAAUGUGUAAAAAAAGAAAUUUCAGGGACACGAGAUAUAAGAAAAUUAACUGCCUGUGGUACGGUGCGAAAUCGCUCUUUGUAUCAAUUACUUAGUUUAUUAGUCCAUUCUUUUCCAAAGAUUCGAAGAUUGACAGCAGAUCAGUUGUAUUUAACACUUGCUGGGUCAGUAGAAGACGAAUCAGAAGAAAUAUUAAAGAUUGAAGAUAUUUUAGUUAAUACUGAUUGGGAUAGCCCUGUACCUCAAUUAAAGGAACUUAGAAAUCAACUUUAUCCCUUAUUGGGACUGAAACUGCCUAAUUUUAAAAUACCUGGCACUACUACUUCAUCAACAUCCUAA